AUGAGAACCGCACUCCUCCUCGUCGCCAUUACCACUCUCAUCUAUGCUGCUGCAGUGCCCACCACGGCAAACCCCGAUGAUUGGUCCAAGAUUAAGAACAUCACCGACCCAUACAUGCAGGGGCUCAGCAAGUGGCUGGUGAUGGAGCACACCAAAAUGGGGGGCAAUGAUGGGCUCAAGUUUCAGAAGGUGCUAAGCGGCGAAUAUCAAAUUAGGAAUGGUGUAAGUUAUCGGCUUGUCAUCAUUGCCAUGAGACCAGGUGGCUCACAUGGCACAUACAAAGGAUGGUUACUAGAGGAAGUCCCGAGUAACCAGAACACAUGGAAGCUCGUAAAUUUCAGCCCUUUAGACUAG